AUGUCAACAUCCACUUCGCCUAUGAAGGAUGAAAUUGCGUCUCUUGUUGUGAAAUCGGUGAUUAAUGGAAAUACCAUCACAGCCAUUCAAACACAUCAUCAUCAUGAUCCUUCUUCACAAGAAUUGAUAUUGGUACUUCAAGAUAUUCAAACACCUCGACUCAACGAACCUUUCGGCUUUGAAUCUCGUGAAUUCUUACGAAAAAAGUUGAUCGGAAAAACCAUCCAUUUCCAACUCGCAUAUUCAAGAGAAGAAUGGGGCUGCAAAACUAUUGAUUAUGGAACCAUAUAUGUAAUGAAUGAAAAGAACCAACAACAAAACAUUCAACACAAAAAAAUGCUAAACAUCAACGAAGAGGUGGUAAAGGCAGGUUUUGGAAAAGUUGUCAAAACGAAAUAUCCCAAUGAAUAUCAAAAACGAUUACUUGAAUUGGAACAAUUUGCCCGACAACACAAGAUUGGUCGUUGGAAUACAGACAAUCUAUCACCUUUUCCUUCGAGCCAUAAUAUUUCGCACCACGAACUCGCCCAUCAAUUGUUGAAACAAUUUCACUUGAAAAUUCUGAAUGUAGAGAUUUUGGAAGUGAGAAUGAAUGGAAUUCGGUUGCAAGUCAGACUUGCAAAUUCGUAUGACAAGGUUUGGAUUAAACUGACAGGUGUGUUGAAUGAUUCAUCUGAAGAAGUGUCCAAGUCAGGAAAUGAAAGAACUUUCUCUAAAGAAUUGCAAUAUUUCGCAGAACUUCGGUUACUUCAUCGAGAUGCUGAAAUUUUGUUAGAAGGAAUCGAUGACGACAACGACGCAUUAUUAGGGAGUGUCCUUUUAAAUUCUUUAGAGGAUUCUCAAUCACGAAGUGAAGAUAGAACACUCCCUGUCACCUAUCAAGAAGAACUACUAAGGGCAGGAAUGGUUUCUAUCGAUGAGAGAACCAUUGUAUCCUCCAAAUAUGCUCACAGACUACGUGCAGCAGAAAUGCUUGCAAAAGAGGAAAAACAAGGUUUAUGGGCUGUGAAGGUCCGAAAAAACAGAAAAACCAGCAAUACCGUUAAAAAAGAGCAAUCUCCUGAGAGCACUUCAUCCAUGAUGAUGAUCUUCCAGGAAAUUGUCAAUUUGAAUGCAAAAGUGAAAAGAAAUAAUUUGGAACUUUCAAAGAAAAUGAUGAUUUUGGAACAACUCAUUGUUCAUCUUGAGAAUGUGAAAAAAGAAAAUGCUGAAUUUACCUCUCUGAUUGAACAAGAAUUGGUGUCACUUGUGGAGAAGUGUCAAGUUGAGGCUUUCAUGACUCAUGGAAACACCAAGAUGAGUAUUCACAAUCAAAGUGAUAUUUGUAAAUUUGAGACACUUUUCGAAACCUUUCGAAUGGCUAAAAACACCAUCCUUGAGAAGAAUUACAUUCGUACUUUGAACGACUUUAUUCUCAUGAUGGAUGAAAAAAUUGAAGCAAUGAAUCAAUGCCUACUCGAUUUAAGCGAAACCUUCAUUCCUAUGGAGAAUUCCAAUGAACGUUCAACAGUUCCUAAUAAUAAUAACAAAGAAGUGAUUACACAAUUGCGUGAAUGGAAACAAUCAGUUGAGGGAGCCAGGACUCAGAAAGAGGGUCAACAGGUUGUGGAGCUUAUCACAACGACCUUGCAAGGAAUUGCGAACAGCUUACAUGAAGGAUCAAAUUUUGAAUGUUCCAAUCUUUAUGAAUUGUUGAAACAAGGAAAGACAUAUUUGAUCUAUGAAUUGGCCUCUUUUUCACACACAUUUCCUACUAAAUUGUUUCAUGGUCUGCAAGAAAGUGUUCAAUUUUAUUCGGAAAGAAAACAAGUGGCCGUAUCCCUGGUCGAACAAGUUAUUCCAACCUUUUUCCAGAAACACCAAUAUAUCCAACAUUCACUCGAGUUGAUACAUGAUUAUUCAAGUCUAAAAGAGAGAGUUCAUUCCAUCACAAAAGAUAAAAAGAAACUAGAACGUUCCAUUCAAAACUCUUCCUCACAGAUUGAAGAACAUCAAGAACAAUUACAAGAAGGUGAAUCUUUGCAACAUGAAGAUUUGAAGAAGAAGAUUUCUGAUCUUAAUGAUGAGAUACUUUCAAAAAAAGAGAAAUUAAGAAACAUGAUUACUGAACUGAAUGAGGUCAGACUGAAAUUGUUGAAGCUUUAUCAACUCGGUUUUUCGGAUGCUUUUUCACAAUGUCAAGAAGAAAAUCCCAUAUUUGGUAUUCCCGAAUUGUCUGCUCACUUUUUCACAAAAAUCGAAUUACUUUCUGAAUGGAAUGGAAACCAUCAUGUUUAUGUUGGAACGGACUAUCAAUCCAAAAAACAUAUCAUUAAGCAAUAUCAUGUCCAGGACGAAAAGAAAUUGAGUAGAAUUAGAAAAGAAUUGAAAAUACUUCAAAAAAUUAAGCAUCAAAACAUUGUCAAUAUUGAAGGAUAUUAUUUAGAGAAAAACACUCACUAUCAAUCUAUCAUUAUCAACAUUGUCAUGCCAUUCUACAAUGGAGAGAAUUUAAAAAAGUUCAUCUCUUUUUGGAGAAGUACAAACAAUGACGAUCAUCCUGCAAUUUUCUGGGAAAUAAUAUGGGGACAACUUUUAGUGGCCAUUCAGCAUGUUCAUUCAAGAGGUGUGAUUCAUUGUGACAUCAAACCAGAAAAUAUCUUUAUAGAUGUCGAUCUCGAAAUGUUCAUUAGAGUUAUUUUGGGAGAUUUCGAUGUGAGUUAUGAUACUCAAAAUCGAACCACAUAUAAUGUCACGACAGGAACUUGUGGAACUUUUGAUUAUUUGGCACCAGAAAUUAUAGAAAAAAGAGAAAAAGCCUCUUUCAUGUCUGAUAUGUUUGCUUUUGGUAAGACUGUCCAAAAUGUCAUGACUCUUCAAGAAUUGAAAGAGUUACCGUCUUUCCAUAAAUUAGUGGAACAGUGUUUGAGUGAAGAUCCUUUGAAAAGACCAACAGCUUCUGAAGCAUUGGCCAAUGAGUUUUUCACCAUCGAUACACAAAUUGCAUUUCAAACCAAGUUAAAACAAGUAGAGGUCAGCAAACAAUUACAAGACCAAAAAGAACAAGUAAUUCAGGAACUAUUGAACAAUUUACAUCAACAACAAGAAGACAUUAUGAGAAAAGUUCAUGAAUUGGAGAAUGAGAAGAAACACUUUCAUGAUCACACUUCUCAACAAGAAAAAGAGAUUCAACAACGUAUUGAUUCACUCCAAAAAAAGGAAAAAUUAUUGAAGAAGCUCGACGAAAAUUUAAGAAAUAACUCCAAGUCACAACUCGCAGUGACUUUUCCUUCCUAUUGGAAAAACCGAAUGAUUCAUGGAGAGACAUUUUUUCAAAUCAUGGUCGAUGUGACCAAACACAUGAAAACGAUCAUUCAAGAAUUAAUGGACAUGACCUGUAACAAGUCCACCUUAGGAACUGGACGAGAUCAACAAACGAAAAUGAAAUAUUCAAAAUUAAUGGUCAGUCAAGUAUUUAGAAUUGAAAAAGUCUCAUUAUUUUCCAUGUACAUGAGCAGAAAACAGCAACUUUUAUUAUACAACGAUCCUCCAUAUGAAAUUAAGGUAAAAACACACCACCAGGAUUCCUCUCAAUCGUAUCCAAAUGCUACUUCCUGGUUGAAACAAAGCAGCUUGGAUGCAUCCAUCAAUGAAGUCUAUUUAUGGCAUGGUACAAAACCAGAGUUUGUGAAAAAGAUCGCCGAACAUGGUUUUGAUGAGCGAGUGAGCAAUCUGUCAGGAUUGUUCGGUGCAGGUAUUUACUUUGCCGAUUAUUGCAGUAAGAGUGAUCAAUAUUGCACACCAGAGUUGUCAGAGACAUCUCGAGAUUCCUCAAACCCAAAAGACCAUUUGUAUUGCAUGUUUUUGAGUCGAGUGGUGUUAGGAAGGCAAGUGCAUCAUGUUCCACAUGGUCAAAGUUUGGGAAAUUCGAGAAGACCUCCUGACAUUCCAAAUACGAAUGGAAGACCAUACGAUAGUGUGAUUGGAAAGUCGAAUGCAUCUUCGAAUGCAUAUACUGAAUUUAUUGUGUAUGAUCGAACUCAGUGUUAUCCAGAAUUUCUUAUCAAGUAUCAGAGAAGAUAA